ACAUAUCUAACCGAAACGUAUCUCUAACAAGCUAGAGCCAUGACCGUGCGCGACUACAUCCGCAAGUUUAUACUGAUAAACAAGAAGAACCACAUGCUGCAGUUGGCCAAUCCUUUGGAGCUCCUGGUCAUAGUGCUACUGCCUCCACUGUUCAUCUUUGUCUCAGUGCUGCUGCGGUUCAUUGUGCCCGUGGAUCCCCGAUCCGACCGGGUGUUCAGUCCGAUUGACUUCGACCGCAGCUGGAUGGAAACGGUGGAGAGGCUGGAGAAGGCGCGAAAGGUGGCGGAUGAGCAUAACAUUAAGGUCAACCCAUUCACCCCGCAUCUGGUCAUCGGUUGGGCACCCAAGGGCUAUGUUGUCUUCCAGUCGAUCAUGCGUAUGAUGCAGUCCCAAAUCGAUCCGAUGACCUCGGUGAGCUUCGACAACUGCGAGAUCCUGCGCAGCGAGAUGAUCGAGAACAGCCUGUUCGCGGGUCUCUGCUUCGACGGCAGUCCGUUUACGAAGGACCAGAAAUUCGAGGAGGGCACCUUCAGGACCCAGGAGAAGGUCAUUCCCAUACUCAACUAUACAAUCAUGCUGCCCAGCGAACUGAGGAUGAUGGACGGGGACUUCCACAAGUCCAACUGGCUGACGCUGAACAAGGAGGAUCCUUUGAGCUUCCUGCUCGACCGACUCAAUCAGCCGUAUGAGGGCGGCUUCGUGGGCUAUGUCCGCGAGGGUUUCAUCCGGCUGCAGAAGUCCGUCACCGAAGCCUUCCUGGACCUGAUCAGCCGCAAGACCUUGCCGGCCAUCCACUUGAGGCGCUUCCCCCUUACCGCCCGCAAACAGGAUCCCCUGAUGUAUGUCCUCGACUUCGGCAUGCCCAUUCUAAUUAUCAUCGGCUUCCUCUUUCCCACCCAGAUAUUCAUUUGGCAGGUGGUGAGUGAGAAGCAGUCGCAAGUUCGCCAGUUUCUGAUCAACAUGAACAUAGGCAAUCUCAUCCACUUCCUCUCCUGGUAUCUCAAGGGCUUGAUUUACAUGAUGAUAAGCUCAGUCAUCAUCGUGGUGCUCCUGAAGAUACGCUGGAACGAUGAUAACGGGGUGCUCACCCAAACGCCCUGGUACGUACUGAUUGUAGUGCUAUUCUGCUACAACUGUGCGUCACUUGCCUUCGCUCUGAUGGUGGGCUCCUUUUUCCGGAAUGCCCUCAAUGCCGUGCGGGUGCUAACGAUCCUAUGGCUGGUCACGUACCUGCCCAUCGUGGUGCUGUGGAACAAUCCGGAAGGAUACGUUCAGGCCGUGCGCUACAUCUCCUAUGUGCUGCCCAACGUGGUGAUAACUCUGGUGUUCGAAAGUCUGAUUCAACGCGAGUCGGUUGUGCAUGUGUCGUGGGAGGAUCACGACUAUAAGAUCAACUACUUCCAGGGCAGCAUAACGGUGGCCUCGAGCAGCUGGGUCUUCAUGGUGAACGCACUGGUCUACUUUGGCAUUGGUCUCUAUGUGGAUGGGUGGCGCGCCAGUGACGGAUCGGGAAAGAAGAUGAAAAAGCCCGCCACAAAUACCAGUGUGCAGGACGAUCCGUAUCGAGAUCGGGCAGAUAGUUUUGCGCAGCAGGGUCAGGCCAUUGGGGUCAACUCCACAAAGAUCUAUGAGGUGGAACCCUCCCAUCGCCGCUUCAAACUGAAGAUCAAGAAGCUGUGCAAGCGAUUUAGGGCCAACGAUCGUCCGGCCCUGAAUCUCUUCUCGUGGAAUGUGUACGAGAACGAGGUCACCGUUUUGAUGGGUCACAACGGCUGUGGCAAGACUACACUGCUAAAAAUACUGGCCGGCCUGCUGGAGCCCACGCGGGGCACUGUGAUGAUAUCCACCUAUAACAUACAGACCGAGAGGAAGGCGGCCUCCAUGGAACUGGGCAUCGCCUUUGGUAGUGAAAUGCUCUUGGACGGCUUCUCGGUCAUUGACUACUUGCGAUUUAUUUGCCGGGUUAAGGGAUUGCACAACUCGAUCGAAAUCGAUGGCCAGGCCAACUAUUUUCUUAAUAUCCUGCAAAUCGGAGAUCUGAAGGCCAAGCGCAUCCGCACUCUCUCCGACCGCGACUUGAGUUUGGUCAGCAUUUGCAGCGCCUUCGUGGGGAACAGCCCCAUAGUCCUCAUCGACGAUAUACACUCGGACCUGGACAAGCGCACGCAGAUGAUGGUCUGGAACCUUAUCAACGAGGAGAAGUCCAAGCGCACCAUCAUUCUGGUCUCCAAUUCCCCACCGCUGGCUGAGAAUAUCGCCGAUCGAAUGGCCAUCAUGUCGAAUGGGGAGCUCAAGUGUACAGGGACGAAACCGUUUUUGAAAAAUAUGUACGGACAUGGCUAUCGAUUGACCUGCGUGAAGGGCAACAACUGCAACAUGGAGGAGCUGUACAUCCUCAUGAACAGCUACAUACCCAACAUGAGCGUCGAGAGGCACAUUGGCUACAAGAUCACAUUCGUGCUGGAGAACAGGUACGAGGAUCUGUUUCCGAUCCUGAUCGAAGAUCUGGAGAAUAAUAUGCAGCGACUGGGCGUGGUCAGUUUCCGGAUCAGGGACACAUCGAUGGAGGAGAUCUUUCUGCGGUUUGGUUGCGAGGAGAACGACCAGAGCGGCGGUUUCCAGUCGCCCGAGAAUGCCCAAGUCCUCAUGGAGGAGUACUAUAUGACCUUGGCGGAGGCCAAUGAGAAGGUUGUAAGGACGGGCUGGAAGUUGUUUUUUUUGCAGGGCAGAGCCAUUUUCUACAAGCGUUGGAUGGCGGCAUACAGACAUUGGAUCAUUUUUAUUUUCGAGGUGUUUACCCAAGUUUUCAUAGUGGUGAUCAGUUUUUGUACGCUUAUCGUGUAUGGAAAGAACUUCCAAUUGGAGCCGCUGACCUUUAACCUCAGCCAGCUGACCACCGUCGACGCCUUCGUGGAGCUCUUCUCCGAGGAAGUGGAUGUCAAGGAAAUGCAUGCCUAUUACACUGAGCUGCUCUAUUGGUACGAUGCUCACCUGACGAUGCUGACGAAGAACCACCGCAACGACUACGCCCUGCUGACCCAAAGCGACUUUACCAGUCGGGUCAACGGGGCCCAGAUAUUCGGGGCCACCUUUGACAAGGACAUUGUCACCGCCUGGUUCAAUAAUGUGCCCCUGCACACGGCGCCCUAUGCGCUAAAUGUUGUCCACAAUGCGGUGGCCAGGAAGCUGAUCGAUGAAGAGGCCACCAUCGAUGUUACCCUGCAACCGCUUCCCUUCCAGACGAGCAUCAACAUGUUUCCUCCGUGCAACCACACUUUUGGGAACUUUUUGGCCUUCACCUCUUCCAUGGUCCUGAGUUUUAUUUGGCCGGCAUUUGUGGUCUAUCUGAUCGGCGAGCGUGGGAGCUCGAUGAGGAAGCAGCAGUUGUUGGCCGGAGCCAGAGCUUGCAGCUACUGGGUGUUCACGUUCCUAUUCGAUGUCUUCUUCCUGCUCGUCUACUCCGUGUGCACUGUGAGCACGGUCGCCAUCUACAUGAAUCCCUACCACGAUGGUGAACUUUACGUCAUUUUACUGAUCACUUUGAUGCUUGGUGGAAUUUGGGUGACCCUGCUCGUCUAUCUAAUAUCGGGACUCUGCAAGAACCCGUUUUAUGGAUUUUUGUGGCUAUGCGGAAUAAACUAUUUGGGCUUCAUCUUCUUCUCGGUACAAUUUAGAAGGGGUACCGAUAAUAUAGGCCUUGAGCUGGGCUUUUUCACCAUGUAUAUGGUGUGCGUGACCAUUGUCAAGGCCUUCGCGAUCUUCGAGAGGAAGGUGAUUUGCAAGGAUCCCAUCGUUAAUUUCACCUCCGUUGAGGUCUUCAAGUGCAAGAGCGACCCCAACUGCUGCAUUGAAGUGGACUACACCACUCCGGGCGGGGGCAUAAGUGAAGAGGUUGCGAUACUAUUUGCACUGAUCAUUGCAGUCGCUAUUUUAGUCUUUAUUUCGGAGUACUAUUACAUCGUGGGAUUUGGACGAUGUCGCAAGGCUUCCAAGACGGCGGUGCAGAGGGACAGAAACAAGGAUAGUGUGUUUCCCGGUCAUAUGUCCCAGGACUCGGCGGUCAUUGCGGAAAAAUGCCGGGCCAGUCAUUUGACCGAGGAAGAGCGGAAGCAUUAUGCCGCUGUCGGAGUUGGGAUUGUCACCAUGAAUCGACGAGUUCGGGUGCUCAACGACCUGGACUUCUCAGUGGCCAAAUCGGAGUGCCUGAGCAUCAGUGGAGCGAACAACUCGGGCAAGUCGACGCUGGUGAAGCUUGUGGCGAGCGAGGCGAAGCUGAAGAGUGGACAGAUCUGGAUCAAGGGCCACUCGAUGCACCUGAACCGAGUGCAGUGCUACCGGAGGGUGGGCUACUGUCCGCAGCGGGACAACCUGCCGGCGGAGUACACGCCCCGCGACCUGCUCUACAUCCACGCUCUGACCAGGGGACACCGCCACCGGAUGGCCCGGGAGCUGUCCGAGUCCCUGCUACGGAUGCUGGGCCUCACCCCCUGCUGGAACCGGUCCGUGCGCCUCUGCACCUCGGGUCAAAUCCGCCGCCUGUACUUCGGCUAUGCCAUCCUGGGUUCCCCGGACUUCAUCUGCGUGGAUGGAGUGCCAGCCGGACUGGAUCCCACGGGCAAGCAAAUCGUCCUGAUGAUGACCGCCACCUUGCAGACCAUGGGUUGCAGCUUUUUGUACACCACUCUCACGGGACUGGACUCCGAGCGCCUGUGCCAGCGGACGCCGCUCCUCUUGGAGGGCCAACUGUGGACCAUGGACUCGGUGAAUGCCCAGGACGAGAACUACAAGAGCGGCUAUCAGCUGGAGGUGCGGUUCAAGCGCAAGGUCAACCCCAAUGUCAGCUUGUCGCGCACCACCUGGAACCUCAUCAAUCACUUUCCCAUGUCGCCGAACAAGAAGUUCAGCGCCUUCAUGGAGAUCAAGUUCCCCGAGGCCACACUCAAGGUCGAAAGGGAGGACUCAAUGGUGUUCCAAAUCCCAGUGGGCACCACCACCUUCGCGGAGAUAUUCCUCACACUGCGCAAAGACGCCUUCGAGAUGAACGUCGACGACUAUUACAUCACGCGCAACUUGCGCAUGGGCUUCCAGAUCUUCACCAUCGAUCAGUUUCACGAUAAUAGUCCAUAGGUAUCUCAGUCUUAUACUUAUCAGUUUAGUUUUGAUCUUAACCAUUAUUCUAUUAGUAUGACGAACUCAUACUGAAGUCUUCAUAAUUGUCUUAUUUGUGCACAGUUUUUAGUGGUAAACUAUGUUUAUUAAAUAUUAUUUGAGUUAUUGUUGGUUAUGAAAUACAAAGCUAUUGUUUUUAAAUGUA